AAGCGAGCUAAAUCUAAUGCUGCCCUUUCCGCUCCUUUUCCCUAAGUAGGGACACUCUGAAGAGGAGUUGAGGCAGGAUACUUCCUGUUGUAAUUUUCACCUCUGCCCCCGUCAAGCAGCAUUUCGCGUGCGUGUCAAAGGGCCGCAUUUACCCGUCAGAUCUCAGUCGAAGGUGUACAGAUUCGAGUGUGGGCGGCGGCCUACCGUUUACCGAACUAAAUAAAGGAAAAGCAGAAAAAGCAUUCAGAAAGGACAUCUUUAGUUUUGAAUUUUACAGGACUAGCCGAAGCUCUAGAAGCCACGGUCGCCAUGUCAACUGCGGGAAAGCCGGGGGCGCUCUCUCGGUGCGCAUGCGCGGCGAGCGCUCCGCCCGGAGGCGCGGCGGCCAAGCCGGAGAGGCGGGGGCGUGCGCAUGCGCGCGGCGAGUCCGGCGCGUCCCGCUGAGCGGCGGAAGCGGCGGGUGCUGCUCCCGGGCCGGGCGGCUGGCUGGCUGAUCGGCGCCGCAAGCACCGGCGGGCGGGUGCCUCGCGCCCGCUCUGCGCUUUCCCCGGAACCGCGCCGGCCCGGCAAGCGCGGGCGUCGGCGCCGCGUCCAGCCCUCCGGCCUUCCCAGGCCCGGCCGGCCCGGCGGGGACAUGAGCUUCUUCGGCUUCGGGCAGAGCGUGGAUGUGGACAUCCUGCUGAACGAUGCGGACAGCAGGAAGCGGGCAGAGCACAAGACGGAGGAUGGGAAGAAGGACAAGUACUUUCUCUUCUACGACGGGGAGACAGUAUCCGGGAAGGUGAGCCUGGCUCUCAAGAACCCCAACAAGCGGCUGGAGCACCAGGGCAUCAAGGUCGAGUUCAUCGGGCAGAUAGAACUCUACUACGACCGUGGGAACCACCAUGAGUUCGUGUCCCUGGUGAAGGACCUGGCCCGGCCUGGAGAGGUCACCCAGUCGCAGGCCUUCGACUUUGAGUUCACCCACGUGGAGAAGCCCUAUGAGUCCUACACUGGGCAGAAUGUGAAGCUGCGGUAUUUCCUUCGUGCCACCAUCAGCCGCCGCCUCAAUGAUGUUGUCAAGGAGAUGGACAUCGUGGUCCAUACGCUGAGCACAUACCCGGAGCUGAACUCCUCCAUCAAGAUGGAGGUUGGGAUUGAGGACUGUCUGCACAUCGAGUUUGAGUACAACAAAUCCAAGUACCACUUGAAAGACGUCAUUGUGGGGAAGAUCUACUUCCUGCUGGUGAGGAUCAAAAUCAAGCACAUGGAGAUCGACAUCAUCAAGCGGGAGACGACGGGCACCGGCCCCAACGUGUACCAUGAGAACGACACCAUUGCCAAGUACGAGAUCAUGGAUGGUGCACCUGUGAGAGGAGAGUCCAUCCCCAUCCGCCUCUUCCUGGCGGGCUACGAGCUCACACCCACCAUGCGGGACAUCAACAAGAAAUUCUCGGUGCGCUACUACCUCAACCUGGUGCUGAUCGAUGAGGAGGAGCGGCGCUACUUCAAGCAGCAGGAGGUUGUCCUGUGGCGGAAGGGCGACAUCGUCCGGAAGAGCAUGUCCCACCAGGCGGCCAUUGCCUCGCAGCGCUUCGAGGGCACGGCCCCCCUGGGGGAGGCACGGACCCCUGGCCAGCUGUCUGAAGGCGGCAGCAGACAGUAGGUCCGGGGCCGGGAAGCUCUGGGCUCCCACCCUGGCUCCGGGCCACUAGGCACCAGCAGCUGGGGCGGCAAGAUGCUCAGCUGACCCGCUACGCAACCUGAAAACAAAUCAUGUUUUUGAUGUAAAUUCUUUUUCCUGAAGAACCUAAGGGGCUGGGGUUGGGGGGCGGUGUCUCUGGGACCCUGUGGCUGAUGGGAGCAUCGGGGGAGGAGGUGUCCCAGGGGUGAGCCAUCUGCAGGGCUGCCUGAACCGCAGGAGCACAGGGUGGCCUGCCCCGGGCUCCAAGCCUCCCGGAACAUAAGUUGAGCUGGGGGGCAGGGUGGGGUGGUCUCAUCUCACACUCCCUUCCUCCAUCGGAGUGAGCAGCAGACAGGGUCACACCCACCCCGUUCUAACUGGUGGUGGGGGUCAAGACCAGGAAGCUGCCUCCUCUGGAGUCUUGGAUGUGGUGCUUUGGAGCCUCCACAAGCCACCCUCCUUCUGGCCAUUCUCUUGCCACUGGGGACCAGGCACCUCCCAGGGACUCUGGUCAGUGCUGUCCUUGAUGGAACAGGAGCUUGUGGAGUGGCCUUUGGCUGAUGUCCCUGAGCACAGAGACACCUGGAGUCCAUGUAGCACGUGGACGGCAACCAGGUGGAGCUCGGUGGCCAUGUGUGGCAUGGUCAGCCCCGAGGGCAGGAGGUCUUCGGCCCUGGCCCCUGCACAAGGGGCAUCUUUCCCCUGAGAAGAGGUCCGGGAAGGGCCCGCUCUGCCUCCCCAGCAGUGGACCCUCUUGGCUCCCUGCUGUCCAUCUCAUUCCUGGGAACCAGGGGUUGGUCUCACACUUGGAAGCGUUGUGCUCACUGUGCAGGCUGGGGGGAGGGGGGGUGCCUCCUGAGCCCCCGUCUUCCCCACCAGCUGGGUGACCAGAGCUUAGGACCAUUGGUGUUCUGUGUAUGUGGAUGCUCUCGUCAUGCUAGAGAAGGCCUCCUGCUGUUGCACUGCACUCGGGUCUGUCAUGUUAAGGGUGUGGACGUCCUUCCUGUCUCCCAUUGGCCUCUCCUCCCUUCUAGAAAGACCAAGAAGACCCCCAUGGCCAGCAGGUACAAUAGUUAGUGGUCUGAGUUCUCUGUCAUUUGGGAAGCAGAGGGGUUGGUUCUUGUAUUGUCUUUCAGUUCGUGUGGAAAACAGGGACCCCUCUUUUCCUCAGAAAUCAGUGCAGCCGUGGGCCUCAGACUGGGCAGGGCUCAUGGAUCAGAGCUGAGAUGGGAGGGAAGGGCGUUCGGGGUGAUGCUCGAGGUGGCAGCAGAACCAAGCAGGGGAAGGUGGUUCCCCCAGGCUGGACCCCGGGUUCAGGUGUGCCUGACAAUCCCCGUGGGGACAGGACCACCUGCGCAGCUGCCCCUGGAUUAGCAGGGUUGGACCUAAGUGUGGGGGAGGCGGCUACUGCAUCCCUCACCUUUUCCAGAGUGUGAGCUUGGGCUCUGGCGCCUCCCAUGACAGCUGGCACCUUAACUACAAGGUACUCGCCGAUCCCUCUGCCUCCCAGCCGACCACAGAUUCACUUCCUAACUUUCCCAACACCUGAAGCCUGUCUUCUGAAGGAUGUAGAGAUAGAAUUUGCUUCUGUCCUCUACCCUGCCCCACUGUCUGCCUCUCUGUGCAUUGAGAAGUGAGGGGAGGCCGUCCCUGGGGCCCUGGCAGAGCGUGGGGACUGAACCAAGCAGUGUGGCCUGGGGUUGAGCAGCUGCAGUGUUUACAAGUUUUUCAACGUGUCUUUUCGAUGGCUGUGUUUUAAACGAAGCACUCUGUUUCAGCUGUCUCUCUGAUUAAAGCAAGCCCCUGGGCUCAGAGGCAUCGUGCCCACGGUU